UUGGAGCUGGUCAGGCACAAAAGGAGAAUUACACAAUAGGUGUCAGGAAGGAUUUUAAGUGUUGCAUGCACAGCAACAUCCCAAAGGAGACAGAAGUUAGAAAACUGUACAAGUUGAUAAAAAGGGGAAUGAAACUGGUGAAAAAAAUGAUUCAACAAAAAUGGAUGUAAAUUGAAUAUGAAGAUGGGAGAGACUGGGGGAGUGUUUGUAUCAGAGAAAAAAGUCGUUAGAUAUCUUCUGUUUUUGCAGUGGUGGAGAAAGGAACGUAAAUUGUUUCAAGAUGGAAUGUCUGAGGUUUAUGCAAGGAAGGCUAAAAGGACACAGAGGAUACAGCUAAGGCAGAAUGGCUCCCACGGGGAAAACAAGCGUUUUUAACAAAUAAGUGGGGUGUCAAGAGUGGAAAGGUGCUGGAGGGGAGAAGAGGACGGUGAAGGACAUCAGACUUUGAGUGAGAGAAGCAAAGAGGUCGAGGAAGCAGGAUUUUAGACCUCACGCUUUUAUUCCAAAGACAACUGAGAUGUGAAGAAAAAUUUCAUCUCAUCUUGGGGAAGCUGCAAACGUGUUAAGAAAGGAUUUGGGUCAUCCAGGCCCGUGUUAUACAUAAAGGUGCGCGAAGGAAACAACCGGGGCAUCGCGUCUCCUCCCGGGCGGCACGUGGGUGCGCGAGGAAGGCAGCGAAGGCUGCAGGGCGGUGAGGCGGAGGAAGCUGCUGGGCUGCGCCUGCAAUCGAGGGACACCGCAGCUGUUCUGGAAUGGAGAUUUCGUCCCACCAGUUUCACCUCCUGCAGCAGCUCAAUGAGCAGCGCAGACAGGACUUGUUCUGCGACUGCAGCAUCCUGGUGGAGGGGAAGGUGUUCAAAGCACACCGAAAUGUGCUGUUUGCCAGCAGCGGCUACUUCAAGAUGCUCCUUUCGCAGAGCUCCAAGGAAAUGACUCAGCCCACCACAGCCACUUUCCAGGCAUUUUCUCCUGACACUUUUACCGUUAUUCUGGAUUUUGUCUAUUCGGGCAAACUGUCUCUCACCGGUCAGAACGUCAUCGAAGUGAUGUCGGCCGCCAGCUACCUGCAGAUGACCGAUGUCAUCAGUGUGUGCAAAACGUUCAUUAAGUCGUCGCUGGACAUCAGUGAGAAGGAGAAGGAUCGCUACUUCAGCCUUUCGGACAAGGAGGCGAAUUCCAACGGCGGGGAGCAGCCGUGCCCGUAUGGCGCGGGCUGGAGGGCAGAAAGCCCCCCGCAUUCGCACUCAAAUCCAGACCAAGGGACGUGUGUGAGGGGAAACGCCUGGAGCAAUUUCAACUACUAUCCAGCUCAAAGGAACGCGCAGCAGCAGCCGUCCAAACACGAGCAAAGGCAGGAUUCCACAAAGAAAUCCCGGCACCUGGGACUGCAGCAGCCUUCUGACAUUCCUCACUAUAAAGCGAGCAAACUGGAGGACCGGGCUGCUGAGCCUGCGGGCCACAUUUCUCAAUCUGAGGACCAGGUCCAGAUGGAGCCAGAAGUGGAAUCUCCUCACGUGGGGUAUCCGUACGGCCAGGGCUCUGAGGUGCUCCCCAGGAGUUUGGCCGUGCCGCAGCAGGAGCGCGACUCGCCCCGACCUUCCAGCAAAUCCAGGUCUCCCAAAGCAGACGAGCAGUACCCCAGCAUGCCCUCCAUUGUAGGUGUGAUGGGCGGCUGGGCUGAAGAUGAUCUGCCCAGGAUGAGGUUCAAGUGCCCGUUCUGCACUCACAUGGUGAAAAGAAAGGCCGACCUGAAGCGUCACCUGCGGUGCCACACCGGCGAGCGGCCGUACCCGUGUGAGGCGUGCGGGAAGAGGUUCAGCAGGCUGGAUCACCUCAGCAGCCACUUCCGCACUAUUCACCAGGCUUGCAAGCUCAUCUGCAGGAAGUGUAAACGCCACGUGACUGAGCUGACGGGGCAGGUGGUGCAGGAGGGCACGAGGCGCUACAGGCUCUGCAAUGAGUGCCUGGCUGAGGCCGGCAUCGACAGCAUUCGCAUUGACUUGGAGGCUGAAGCACCCCUUGAAUUUCCUCCAGAUGGGGACAAGGAUUCCAGGUGGCACUAUGGGGAAGACAACAAAUCUGAUGUGGAGAUCGUGGAGGAUGGCUCGUCCGAUCUGGUCAUCCAGCAAGUUGAUGACAGUGAGGAUGAAGCAGAGGAGAAGGAAGUAAAACCAAAUGUUAGGUAGUUGUGAGACAAACAUCGGCGCAUGGAGCUCGUCUUGCGUGGGAAUCCUGUCUUGCCCAGCAGCCCUCCACCAGCCUGUCAUCUACAAAGACCUCUUGGUUUCUCUUGGACAGGUCCAGAUUUGCAUGUGUUCAUGGACAUGUCAUUGAGUCCGUCCUGAGUUUCGCUAUCAACAUUCCCAUACUUUGCUCAUUAGAAAUAAUCCACCUUGGGUGGAGCAGCGGCUGAACACGGAAGCUGAAGUACUGCAAGGAUAAGUUUUACAGCAGACAGUGAGUCUCUUCUCAGAACCUCUUUCGAAGAGGUAAGGUCUGAAUACUCAAAAAAGUUGCACACCGAUGUAAAUUACUCUUCAGCAUUCAGAAAUAAAGAUAAUUUUCCAUGAAAUUUCA